UUGGUGCCUAAGAAGAUGAUAAUCAAAAGAAUGAGUUACUUCUACAUAACCAGCUUUGGGCUUCUCUUCCUGAUUAAUAUUCCCCCUGAAACAACUGGCCAAGGGGAAUCAAGACGACAGGAACCUGGUGAUUUUGUGAAGCAGGAUAUUGGCGGACUCUCUCCCAAACAUGCCCCAGAUAUUCCUGACGACAGCACUGAAAACAUCACCAUCUUCACCAGAAUCUUGGAUCGUCUUCUGGAUGGCUAUGACAACCGGCUGCGACCUGGUCUUGGAGAUGCAGUGACUGAAGUGAAGACUGAUAUCUACGUGACCAGUUUUGGCCCUGUGUCAGAUACUGACAUGGAGUACACCAUUGAUGUAUUUUUUCGACAGACAUGGCAUGAUGAAAGACUGAAAUUUGAUGGACCGAUGAAGGUCCUUCCACUGAACAAUCUUCUGGCUAGUAAGAUCUGGACCCCUGACACCUUCUUUCACAAUGGGAAGAAAUCGGUGGCCCAUAACAUGACCACACCUAACAAGUUGCUCAGACUGAUAGACAAUGGAACUCUCCUCUAUACAAUGAGGUUAACAAUUCAUGCCGAGUGUCCCAUGCAUUUGGAAGAUUUUCCCAUGGAUGUGCAUGCCUGCCCACUGAAGUUUGGAAGCUAUGCCUAUACAAAAGCUGAAGUGGUUUAUUCUUGGACUCUUGGGAAGAACAAAUCUGUGGAAGUAGCACAAGAUGGCUCUCGCCUGAAUCAGUAUGAUCUGCUGGGCCAUGUUGUUGGGACAGAUAUAAUCCGCUCUAGUACAGGAGAAUAUGUUGUCAUGACAACCCACUUCCACCUCAAGAGAAAAAUUGGCUACUUUGUGAUCCAGACCUACUUGCCAUGCAUUAUGACUGUCAUUCUGUCACAAGUGUCUUUCUGGCUCAACAGAGAGUCUGUUCCUGCCCGCACAGUCUUUGGUGUCACCACUGUUCUCACCAUGACCACCCUGAGUAUCAGUGCUAGAAACUCCUUACCUAAAGUGGCAUAUGCGACGGCCAUGGACUGGUUCAUAGCCGUCUGUUAUGCCUUUGUAUUUUCUGCACUGAUAGAAUUUGCCACUGUCAACUACUUCACCAAGAGGAGUUGGGCUUGGGAAGGCAAGAAGGUGCCAGAGGCCCUGGAGAUGAAGAAGAAAACACCAGCAGCUCCGACAAAGAAAACCGGCACCACCUUCAACAUCGUGGGGACCACCUACCCCAUCAACCUGGCUAAGGACACUGAGUUCUCCACCAUCUCCCAGGGUGCUGCCCCCAGUGCCCCCUCAACCCCAACUACCAUUGCUUCACCGAAGAACACCUACGUGCCGGACAUCCCAACUGAAACCAAGACCUACAAUAGCGUCAGCAAGGUUGACAAAAUUUCCCGCAUCGUAUUUCCUGUGCUCUUUGCCAUUUUCAAUUUGGUCUAUUGGGCCACAUAUGUCAACCGGGAGUCAGCUAUUAAGGGCAUGAUUCGCAAACAGUAG